GUCCAGUCGUGUGCGCAACUCACUAACGCGCUAACGCUAUCGAUUUACCAACUAGAUCGAUAUUCAAAAUUAACAAUAGUGCAAUUGUUUAGCGAACAAUUAUGUGGAUAUUAAUGCGUUUUUUUUUUAUUGAUAUUGUCGUAUUAUAAUUUUUUCUAAUGUGAAAAUUGACUUUUGUGAUCUGAUCGAAUUUUAGUGUUAUAGUUAGCAUUUUAGAUUUGUGAAUUAGCUAGUGAUGAAAAGUGAAAGAUAUAUUUGAGCUUUUACAGCUUAAAUAGAAAUGAUUGUGAACUCUUUGUUUUAAUUUAACUACAAAUAAAACCCUAGAAAGAGACAUCAAAAGCUCCACAGUGACUCACUGAGCAGUAACAGAAAACAAACAGUAAAACUGCAAGUAUUUCGAGAGCGCACGCCAAUAAAACGAGUAUACAGAGGCACAUAAACAAAAUGGCUGCUGGACGGCACGCGACUCCGUUUAUAAAUCACAAGAUGUUUAUUUGUGUUGUUGUCUCGCUCUUGCUGCCGAUGGCGAACGAAGCUGCGCCGGGGAUGUACGGAGAUUCCCGAGGUUACCCGAGCGAAGACGGAAAAAGGUUGACGCGGGAGUACCAUUUGAGACAAGGGGCGUUGAGAGGGUUAAUUGUUAAGCCUAGUCGCCACUAUGACUUGCAGCCGGUUGAGAUUUUUCUAGGGAUUCCUUAUGCGGCACCUCCAGUCGGCAGUUUGAGGUUCAUGCCUCCAGUAAACGCGCCACCCUGGCCAGGUGUUAAGAUGGCCACUCGCUUUGCACCAGUGUGUCCUCAAGCUCUCCCCUCUAUAAAGAAGGGAGAUCCUCCCAUCUUAGAGAGGCAACACUACAUGACAAAGCUGAAAGCGUUCCUCAAGAACGAGUCGGAGGACUGUCUGUAUUUAAACAUCUACGUCCCUUACAGAGAUCAAAAGCCGAAGCGGUUUCCGGUACUGGUGUUCAUCCACGGAGACUCCUUCGAAUGGAGUUCCGGGAAUCCGUACGACGGGAGAAUAUUAGCCUCUUAUGGCAACAUCAUGGUCAUCACCAUCAACUUCAGACUUGGGAUUUUAGGUUUCAUGAAACCCAGCCUCACAGAGCAUGUGUAUGGGAACAACGGCCUCCUGGAUCAGCUCGCAGCACUGCAGUGGAUCAAAGACAACAUCCAGGAUCUCAACGGGGACCCGAACUCGGUCACCAUCAUGGGUCACGGCACUGGGGCGGCGUGCGUUAGCUUUCUGAUGUUGUCACCUAUAUCCAAUGGUCUCUUCCAUAGAGCCAUACUGAUGUCAGGAUCUGCGCUAUCAGAUUGGGCGAUGACGAAGGACCCAACCCAGUAUACACUGCAAGUCGCGCAGGGCUUAGAUUGCAAUCCCAGUUCAAAGGACAUGAUGAGUUGCCUCCAGAAGAAACCGUUGUCAGACAUACAAAACGUCCAAAUUUUGGCGCGCGAGUUCGAAACGCCACUGGGACCUACGGUGGCGGGCUCGUUCAUACCCAGCGAGCCAGCCAAGACAAUGGAGUCGUUCCCAUCUUUGCUGAGCAAGUACCAGUUAUUGAUCGGCGUGACAGAAUCCGAGAGCUACCACGACUUUGGAGCAUUAGAGCUGAACCAAGGGAUAUUGGAGAAUCAAAGAGACGACUUUAUUACCAAGUACUUAAAGAUCGUUUUCCAAGGAGCAGAGGAGGAAGCCCUAAAAGAAAUAUUGAAGCAGUAUUCUCCAUCCAAACUGGACCCACAGCGAUGGAGCGUGGAGACCAACAGAGAUGUGAUCCUGAACCUCUUCAGCGACGCGAGGACGUUGUCUCCCGUCGUCGAGUUCGCCAACUACCAGAGCAAGUCCAACAUGCAGUCCUUCUUCUACGUUUUCGGACAUAACUCUGUGAGCACAGAUUACGCACAGUUAAACAAAAGCGUGCACGGCCAGGAGCUGCCGUACGUGCUCGGAGUGCCACUGGGCGGUGCUAUCACCCACCUCCCUGCGGUGUAUACUCAGCAGGAGAAGCUACUCAGUGAAGUCGUGAUGAGGCUUUGGACCAACUUCGUUAAAAUCGGAACACCUAACACCCAGAGUGUAAACAAGUACUUCACAUCUGAUAAGGAGCAUUGGAAUCAAUACAACGUCGAAUGGCCAGAGUAUGAUGUGGAACACCAAUCGUACUUGAGGUUAGAUAUGCCUCCACUCAUCAGUAGUUUGUACAGAUCGAACUACACAAAUUUCUGGCUCGAGAGCCUACCUAAGAAGAUAAGACGGUACGUGGUCGAUCCGUUGUUUGCUUACACGCCGACGCCAUCGACUCCGAAACCUAAACCAACACACAGAAGUACAGAUAUCAUAAGAAAAAUAUGGGCUCCAAGAGUGGUAGAUACGCCUCAUUACAGUCCCACCGGGAGAGUACAGACUAAUUCUCGGUUCGACUACCAACCGAGUAUGCCAGUCGGUAGACUUCAACCUAAUCCUCCGAUCUACAAGUCAGAUACUGAUUCAAUUUACCGCCAAAUUCAAUCAAUAAAACAUUUGCCACAUCGACCACCACCGCCGAACUUAUUGGAAAAGGUUGAACUAUAUACCUCAACACAAAAGCCGAAUACUAAUUUACCUGUGAAAACGUCGAGCGCAACCAUCACCCUUGUUAUAUCGAUUGGAAUUCUGUUUCUUUUAGUGAAUAUUGGUAUUUGUUCCAUUUUGUAUUUCAAGAAGCGAAAGUCGAGACUUCGUGAGCGUACUAUGGAAAUCGGUAAUCACUCUCGCGCUGAUGUCGGCGAAAUAGAUGUCAUAGGUCAAAAAUGCUCUAAAGAUGACAAAAGCGCCUUACAGACACUAAAAAAUGGUUGCAGUGUGAUCAAAUCAAUGAGUUUUAAUAAAAUGAAAAAUAACAACAAGAAGAUUAAAAAGAAACCAGAACAAUGCAAAACUCCUAAGUCGGAUGAUUCUGGUGGCUUUCGUGAAAGAUUCCAACUAAGACGACAUUUAUCAACUAGUACUUUAGAUGCACAUACCAAAGUACGAGACUGGAUAACUAAUGAAAUGAUGCACAGAUGUUCACCUGGUAUAUUAAGAAAGUCAAACACAGAAAUAAAUAGUGAUAAACAGUUGACUGUACCCAAGCCUUUCACUAGAUCUGAAGAGCUGUUAUCUGAAUCUAAAAGAUCUAGAAAAGACAUCUUGAAUGCAAACGGGAUAAGUAAUUUGUCAUCUAAAAAUAGUGGUGUCAAAACGCACACAUCAGAAAAAACUACAUCAACGUCUGCUCUUGGCUCUCAUUCUUCAUUAAGUAGUAAUAAACGUAUAUCGAACACAAAAUAUGUUGGUAAAUCAAAUGAAUCUAUCAAAAGCAAAGGAAGUGAAAGUGUUAAAUCUAAGAAGGUCUCUGUGGCCAUAGAUGCCACCCCAGCUGCUAGAACGAAUUCAAUACUAAAGCAAGAACCAAUAGAACUUACUAAAUCUUUUGACCGUUGUGAGGAUGCACAUUCCAAUAAUGAUAGUAUGUUACAAAAGUCUAAAAUUGAUAAUGAAAUUCAGACUGAUAGUAAUUUUACUGUAACAACACAGAAUAAAAGUAAUUCCGAUAAUAUGACUUAUAAAAAUGUUGUAACUUUGUCUGUAGAACAAGGCAAACCCCUUAAAAUAUCUCAUAAACAUUCCACGUCUGAUCCUGUAACCAAUGUUAAUUAUGAAAAAAUAAUAAAAGAUAACACAGAAAGUGGUGCACACCAUAUUAAUAUUCUACCACCAGUGACAUUUAGAAACGAUAUUAAUGUUACUUCACGUGAUGAAAAUCGAAAAGAAGAACCUCUAACAGCGGAGGAAGCUCUAAUGACUAUCAAAAAGAGAAAUUUUCCAAAAGUACUUCCUGAUUUGCCGAAAAGUCAAAAAAGAUUAUCCUUGCAACCGAAUUCUUUAAAUUCGUUCAGACAUUUUUCAGGCAGUACUGAAAGUCAUUCUGAUCGAUUUAAAGUACCACCACAACCACCGCCCCGAACUACAACUUUAGAUCGUCGUCUUGCAUACAAAAACUCAAAACCCCUUACAUCCUUUGGAAGUUCAGCAUCUAAAAGUAUAGCAGAAGAGCUUUUACACAAAAAUUAUGAGAACAUAGAUUCCUUAUCACCUAACACGACCCAAUCUUUGAAUAGAUCACUGGAGAUACAACCAAAUAAAAUUUAUUCUGAAUCAACUAAGACAGUAUUUGGAAAAGAGAGAGAAUAUCCAAAAGUAAUCAUUACUUCUAGCGACAUUUCUGAUACAGAACCAAAAAUAAUUAUAAAACCUUCCCCCAGUCAAACUGAGAUUCCUGCUAAUACUCCAAGAGUUACACUUCCCGAUGACUUUCAUUCACAAACAGGUUCAAUCACAUCAUUUUCGUCAUUCUACUCUGAUGAUGAUGACGAAAUCGAUGACAUUCUUGACGAAAUUGGUGAAGAUAAACUUAUCCAAGAACUGGUUGGUGGUGUUGAAUCGCCAACAGAACAGAUGUUAGAUUCAAAAGGACCUGAAACAGCAUUUGAAAGAAAAUUAGAAAUUGUACCUGUCAAAAUAAACCCUGGUCUCAUAGUUCCCAAAAACAAAGAAGACUAUAUUUGUAUAACAGAUUUACAUUUACCAGACGUUAGUGAUUUAGAGAAAACUGCACAAAUUAAACCCAAUUUCAGUCUCAAUAAACUACAAAAUCGUACUGAAAGUAUACACAGACCACCAGAGAGAGCUGUAAAAGUUAAACAGAAAAGGAGUAAUUCCAUACUUAGCAGAGGCUUAAAAGGUAAUAGAAAAAGAAGCAGUAGGACUAGCGGUAAUAGUACAUUAGAGCAUUCGAAUUCUGGGUCUUCAAAUGACACAGAAACUAGUACAGGUACUGUUAAAAUGGUAGAAAUAAAGAAAAAUAGUUGAAUGCUUUGAAACAAUUUCUGAUAUAGAACUAUUCAGUAAGUGUGGGGGUGAACGCGUCAUUGUAUUUUAAUGGAAAAUAUUUAAAUGAUACUCAAAUAAAAUAGUACCUAUUACUACUACCUAAAAAUACAAUUGGUAACCUACAUAAAUAAAACCAAGUUUCGACGGGUUAUAUGCACUGAAUUAAUUUAUUUACUAGUGGCCCGCCCUCGCUUUGCUUCGGUGUAGAGCUGAAGUGUAGACUAUUUAUAUAGAUUUUGUUCAAAGGCUUGUAUUAUACACAAUGACUUUCUUCAUAAUAAUGAAUAAACCUUCCAUUCCAAGUAAAAAAAUCUGUUUAAAAGUUCUGUAAAAAAGUCCGUGACAGCCUUUGUCCAUAUUUUAAGUUUGACUCUAUAAACCUUUUUCUUCAAAUUAACGGAGGUGAAACGCAGUGGACAUCUAGUUGUGACAUAACUGUAAUAGUUAGAAAUAUGGUAUCGGGGAUUUUUUUGUAGAUAUACUCUAUAAAACUUUAGUACAUCACUUUGCUCUAUUGUUAAUGACUUCCGCAGCGAACGCGAUAUAAGGUUAUUUUUUGGUAUUUUUUACACACGUUGGGUUACAUUAUCGAAGUUUUCAAACAAACCCUAACUUUUUGAAAAUACACUAUAGCCUAUAUUAAUCAGUGAUAAUGUAGCAUUGAAAUGGUGAAAGAAAUUUUAAAAUCGUUCCAGUACUUUUUGAGCCAAUUCAUUACAAACAUACUUACAUAGAAAUCUUUCCUCUUUAUAAUAUUAGUAUAGUUUGGCGUUUCGCAUCCUUUGCAGGAAUGUGUCCUCAAAAUAAUUAAAGAAUAAAUACUUGUUUUAUUUAAUGAGUGAUGUGCGUGAAAACCUAAGAAACAAACAUGGUGACCUAAAUGUUAGGUUAGAUUACCAAUUGUAUUUUUUGAGGAUCAAAUAUCAAUUUUUUUGAUCCUCAGAAAAAUUUUAUCAUUGAAGUACGAGCCUGUUUCAAAAAUUACGCUUUCAAACUUUUCUACAACGAUAUAAUUCUUAUCGUCUAGUAUUAUCACUAAGUUAUUUGUGAUUUAAGACUUAGAUUUUAGUUAUAUAAAACAGUAUGAGCUUUACGUUGGUAGGAAGAGAACCGAUUUCUGUAUGCCAAAAACUAUUUUAUCUUUUAAUAUUUAAUGCAUUUACACAAUAUAAAGUUUUCUUAUUAUUUCGGUAGUUUUAUUUACUCCCGUUUCAAAUCUAAAUUAAAGCUAGAAUUACUCGUUAACUAGACUAUUGAAAAUGUUUCAAGAGCGGUCGAUGGAAUCAUUUGGGUUAACGAGGAUGUAUUAUUGCAGUAUUAACGGAAUUUGUAUAAUAAAACGCAAGUAGGAAUUAAACAAUCUUCUUUGGUAUCUCUGAUCUUUUAUUAUCGCUGCGAAUAACGUCACUUUUGAGUACUCAUUUGAUCUCUGGGCUUGGUCUAAGUGAGCGAAUGAUUAAUUGUAUAGAGAUAUCAGAAAUUCAAAAGGUCUCUCAGAUCUUUAAACUUUGAUUGAAUUAGGAUUCCAC